AUGCCCGAUUCCACGACCGUCAAAGAUCCCAACCAAGCGGCCGACACCGGCGGUGAGGGCGGCGAUGAGAGCGCCGACGACGACAUCGGACCCUUGCCCGUCGGCCCCUGGGGCGAUCGCGGCGUCACGUCCCCCAAAGCAGGCAACAAGAAGCCCAAGGCCAAGGAGUCCAGUCUCAACGUGCGGAUCAAUCUCGACUUGAGGGCUGAUGUGUCGUUGGAACUGCAUGCCGUGAUUCAGGGUGAUAUUACUAUUGGAUUGUUUUAG